ACUUCGACCUAUCUUGACAAACCGUAGACUUCACUAUUUUUAAUUACUCUGUCUCUCUUUCUCUCUGCCUGUGUAGAUGAAAUUGGCAAUUUCAGAGUAAAAACCAAUUAUGCUGCAGAGAUAACAAAGGAAAUUUGGAAAUAUUCUGAACAUAUUUCUGUUGAGUGAGAUCAGUGUAAUCGUGGUUCGUGAUUUGAUCUGGAACAACGCUUACUUAAAAGGACUCUUAUUUUCUCUGUUAUCUGCUCUCUCGGUCUGUCAGUUUGCAGGUAAUCUAUUUAAGCUCUUAUAAAUGGCUGUAGCAGACUCAAUAUCUUUCCAAGAACAACUACUUCAGAGGGUUGCUUCAGCUCAGUUUAGGAAGCCUCUCCUUCAUCUUGUGUCCACUCAAGAACACAAGGGCAGAUACCUCACCCAAUGUGUCCCACUUCACAAAGCAUCACUCAAAGGUGACUGGAAAGAAGCUAGAAAACUAUUGGAUCAAGAUGGGUCACUUCUCAAAACGGCCAUAACAAAGGGGGGGUGGGCCACACUCCUCCACAUAGCCGUGGGAGCAAACCGUGUUCACUUUGUGGAGGAGCUGCUAAAGUUGAUGCAACCAGAAGAAUUGGAAUUGCAAGACCACAAGGGCAACACUGCAUUCUGCUUUGCUGCAGCAGUUGGGAAUGUGCAAAUUGCUGAGAUGAUGGAGAGAAUAAAUGCAUCGUUGCCAACCAUAAGGGGUGGAGGAGGACUCACCCCUCUUCACUUGGCUGUUUUACAAGGAAGAAAAGAAAUGGCAUGGCAUCUGUUCCCUAAAACUAAGGAAAUCUUUGAAGAGGUGGACUGGACUAUACUUUUCAUUAAUUGCAUAAAGUCUGGACUAUAUGAUUUAGCCCUGGAAAUGCUAAAUGAGAAGGACAUGCUAGCCUAUGCUCGGGGUGAGGAGAAUCAGACAGGGUUGCAUGUCUUGGCUCGAACUCCAGGUUGUGGUUGCCAACUACGAUGUCGAAAACACCUCCUACAUUUCUGUAAGAAGGACACUCCUAUUUUAAAACUAGUAAAAAAAAUGUGGGAUAUAGUUCUUUCCCUGGAUGACCAAACGAUGAUGGAAACCAUCUCGGAACCAUCUCAAGUGAUAUUUAUUGCUGCUGAAGUUGGAAAUUUUGAAUUUCUAUCUGUGGUUUUGAGCACUUACCCUGAUUUGAUAUGGGAACUGGAUUCCACGGGUCGAAGUAUAAUCCAUAUUGCUGUUUUGCAUCGUCAUGCUAGCAUCUUCAAUUUAAUACAUGAAAUAGGCCCAAUGAAAGAGGUCAUAUUAACUUUUAAUGAUGAUCAAGAGAACAAUUUACUACAUUAUGCUGCAAGACAAGCACCACCAGAUCGACUUAAUGCAGUUUCUGGAGCAGCUCUUCAAAUGAUGCUCGAGUUGUCAUGGUUUGAGGAGGUGAAAAAGAUAAUGCUACCAUCAUCCAUAGAGAAACGAAAUUCUAAUGGCAUUAUUCCUCGUCAACUAUUCACCAUGGAGCAUGAAGAAUUACUCGAGAAAGGAGAGUCGUGGAUGAAGAGAACUGCUAAGUCUUGCAUGGUUGUUUCAACUCUUAUUACAACAGGAGUGUUCACUGCUGCAUUCAGUGUACCAGGUGGUAACAAUGACGAUAAAGAAGGAAGCCCCAAUUAUUUGGGGAAACCAACAUUCUUGAUAUUUGCAUUAUCAGAUUCCAUAGCAAUGAUCUCAUCUUCGGCUUCAAUCCUAAUUUUCUUGUCCAUCCUUAUCUCUCGAUAUGCCGAGGAAGACUUUCUCAAGUCACUGCCCUUAAAGUUGAUAUCCGCACUUUUGGCACUAUUUAUCUCAAUAAUAAGCAUGAUGGUAGCAUUCAGUAGUGCCUUCUUUAUAACCUAUUACUAUGGUUCAAAUGGGGUUCCUAUCUUCAUUUCUGCACUUGCUUUUAUACCUAUACCUGUUUUUAUAUUUCUGCAAUUUCGCCUUUGGUCUGACAUUUUGUAUUUAGCCUACAUGUGUAGUUUUCUAUUUAGACCUAGUAAACGUAUGAUUCACUAGAAAGAUUGUGGUUUUGUACUAAAUAAUGAACUUCACUUUCAUGUACUCUAUGGGUUAAAUGUUGUAAGAAAAUAUUAAUCUUGUAUUGGUAUUUAUAAGUAGAAGAUAAAUUGGAUAUAGAUACUUGUAAUUAUAAUCGUUUAAGGCACA